AUUCCUAUCCAAUAAUUCAAUCGUGAAAAUUGAAAAUGGAUUGUAUGCAAAUCUUCCGAGAAUAUGGCGUUUAAAUCUAUCCAAUAAUUCAAUCGUGAAAAUUGAAAAUGGAUCGUUUGCAAAUCUUCCGAAAUUAGAAUAUUUACUUCUAUACAAUAAUGCAAUCGUGAAAAUUGAAAAUGGAUCGUUUGCAAAACUUCCAAACUUACGUGAAUUAGAUCUUUCCAGUAAUGCAAUCGUGAAAAUUGAAAAUGGAUCGUUUGCAAAUCUUCCAAACUUAGGUGAAUUAAUUCUAGUCAAUAAUAAAAUCGCGAUCAUCGAACAUGGAUCGUUCGUAGGUCUCACCAAAUUAUACAAGUUAAAUCUAGCCAAUAAUAAAAUCGCGAUUAUUCAACAUGGAUUGUUUGAAGGUCUCACCAAUCUAUAUAAGUUAAAACUAGCCAAUAAUAAAAUCGCGAUUAUUGAACAUGGAUUGUUCGAAGAUCUCACCAAUCUAUAUAAGUUAAAUCUAGCCAAUAAUAAAAUCGCGAUUAUUGAACAUGGAUCGUUCGAGGGUCUCACCAAUUUAGAGAGGGU